AUGCCUACUAAUGCUAGCUCUCUGGACGAACUCGAUGCACAAGACUGGUCGAUUCCUCCGAAAGCAGUUCUCCGGAACCAGGGCCCUCCUCUGUCUGAUGCGGCGUGGUCAUUCCUCUAUGAUGCUAGUACUCCUCUCCCUGAGCCGUUCCCUGGGACGGGGUUUCCACUUGCUGCUUCCACUCCCGCCAGGCGCCCUCUUGCUAAUAAGACACCGGAUCGGAAUAGGAUACGUCGCGAUGACACCACCGCAGCGUUAUAUAAUGCACCGUCAACCAGGCCGAUAACACCGGAGUCUCCUAUUAGACAAGAGUCGCUAUAUGCUACUGGAGCGCCGAUGGAAGACAUUGAUAUGGACAUAUCUGAAGCACAUGAAGACCCUCGACGCGCUCUGCAGUCCUCACAUCGACCUCGCCGUCGCACAAUGGUGCAUGUAUCCAGCGACAGUAUCUUCUCCUCCCCGCUCGACUUCACUGCUCAGGUUUCUCGGGGUUCUAUGCUCCAUACCGACCGUAGUAGAUCUCUUCCUGGGUCCGCUGGAAGAUCCAUGGAUGACCUGGCGUCCAUGGACCUCACCUCCCUCAUAGGUACCACGCAUACGCAUACUCGGCGUGCUUCGGAAUCGUCUAUGGACCUAACUGUCACUCUCAACACGCUGCCUGGCGUACCAUGCCUGCCGGAUUCCUCUAUAUCUUUGCUCUCUGCGUUUGCUACUCCUGCUAAUAGCCCAUUUGCACUGAAUGUUACCGCUGCUGCUGCUUCAAAUUCUACGUCUCAGGCUGGCGAUUAUCUGCCGCCCCCUUCUACAAACAACAAUACAGACUUGGGAGAUCUUCUCUCCGGUCUCGAUCUCGAAGAACCUAAGGAUUCAACCUCCCGCACCACGGAUGUGAAGGACGCGGUGACUGAUCUGGUUUCCGAGGGAGUUCAUGCCUCGACACCCGCCGCGGAAGGCACGGGUAAGAGGCGUACCAGGGCAGGUACUAUUCGCCCUUCAGACUUUGCCUGGAACACGGGGAAGGACAAGACAUGGAACCAAGGAAGAAACAGGGCCGGAACCAUCCGCGCGUCUGAUUUUGGACAGGGCAAGCCGGUGCCCCAGCUCGCCGCCGCUCCUCCAGGCCGGCCUAGGGCGCGUUCGCGCUCCGGCACCAUCUCAGCUCCCAAUAGACCCCCAUCGGGACCACUGCCUCCCAUUCCCUCGUCGUCUAGGCCCCAGACGAAGAGCGGCGUGAGUGGAUCAUCUCUGCCUGUGCCGACCAUGAAAGUCAAGCAUUAUGCAAAGCCGCUCAGCCCACAGAAGUCUGGAGAAUCGGACGAUGAAUUGCUACUGAUUCCACGAGCUUUAGGCGGGCCAUUCCACGACACUGAAGGAUAG